UUUUGUUUUGUUUUACCAUAAAUCUGUUCAUGCAUACAUACAGGACGGCGUGUACAACUGCAUAUGAGUAAUAUGACCACAUUGAUGGUUGAUACACUCAGGGCUUCGGGCCGUUAGGGGUACACACCUGCCCAUAAACACCCUCUAUGUGCACUUGGAUGUACGAUAUAAUUGUCUCAUAAACAAUAUUUGUAUUAUUUAUGAAUACUACAAUGCUUAGUUUGACUCCAACCUCAUUUGCAGUUCUAGAAAUGUUUAUACUAUUAUUGUCAUCUUAUUUGGUGAUUAAAUAUUAAUUUGCUCGAUAAAAAAAAAUAAUUCUAAUUUCUCCAAAUGGAUGGGACACGUUGCUUACUUAUUGGUAAUAGUAGAUGAUAAGCAAUUAUUUAUUUAUUCUGAAAUAUUUGAGUGUCUUAUAUCCUUUCUUUUGGUGGCCUAUUUAUAGAUGACCACCCUUUAGUCAAUGUUUCCCAUGCAGAAACUCCAACCUUAAGGAAAUCUACCCUUUUCAUCUAAUUAAAAAAAAAAAAAAACUGAUUAAUUAGUUCUUUUCAUAAAUUUCAAACCCAGAAAAUAAAAAAUGGGAAGAAAACCUUGCUGUGAUAAAGAGGGAUUGAAGAAAGGUCCAUGGACAGCUGAGGAAGAUCAAAAGCUUAUUGAUUAUAUCCAAAAGUAUGGCUCUGGUAACUGGAGAUCUCUUCCAAUGAAAGCAGGUCUUGAAAGGUGUGGUAAGAGCUGCCGGUUACGCUGGGCUAACUAUCUCAGGCCAGACAUCAAAAGAGGAAGAUUUUCAUUUGAAGAAGAAGAGACAAUAAUUCAACUCCAUAGUAUUCUUGGAAACAAAUGGUCUGCAAUUGCUGCUAGACUACCAGGACGAACAGACAACGAGAUUAAAAACUAUUGGAACACCCACAUUCGAAAGAAGCUACUUCGUAUGGGAAUCGACCCUGUAACUCACAGCCCUCGCCUCGAUUACUUUGACCUUCCUUCUAUGCUCUGCAGUCAUCAGAACUCACCCCUGAUGAACUUGCCUGCUGUCUUACUUAAUCUGCAGAACCUCCUAAACCCUGAACUUCUGAGAUUCCCCACUUCACAAAAUGGAUUCUUAAACUUCAACAAUUCCCAAAACACAAUCCUCAGUAAUUUGCAAAAUAAUAUCUCAGAUAAUCAAGUUCCAAGUGCACAGACUAUUAAUCAAUUUGAUCCCAUUCCAUCUUUUAAUGAAUUGUUAGGCUCUUCCUCAACGGAUAACUCGGGUUUUGUAUCGAACAGUUACCAGAGUUUUAGCAACGGUAGCAGCUUCUCCACGGCGUUGUCGCCGUUGAGUUCAAGUCUUCUUCAUCCUAUUGAUUCAAGUCCAACUUAUCUUAACAGCAGCAAGAGUACUGAAGAUGAGAUAGAUAGCUACAUCAGUAAUGUAGAGAAGUUGCUUGAAAGUCCGGUUCUUUAAUUAAUGUUAUAUUGUUCAUGUAGUACUUUUUUUUUUUUUUUUUCACUGCCCGGCAGCGGUCAAAAAAAAAAAAAAAACCGAAUAUCAGACCGGGUUAUAUUUCGGACCGAAAAAAUCUGACUAACUUGACAAAUCGGGUGAGGUCAAGAGUCUGAUCAAACUAGACAUUAAAAAUAAAAAAACUAUGUAUAGCAGCAAAGUUCAAUGUUGACAGCUGAACAAGUUUACAAGCGUUACAUUUGCAUAUGAAAUUAUAUAAAUAUAAUUCAUGCUUUGUUAAUUUCAGUUUGUAUGAUUUGAAGAUGGUAUACUGUAGUGGAUCAACUGUUCCAACGUGUAACAACCAAUUAAAAUAAAAACAUA